UUGGCUCUGCGGAGGAGGAGGCGGUGGGCGCGGCGAAUUUUGGGGACAAUGAGGGAAGCCUAGCCGGGCUAAAACGAGGCUUCGGAUCGAGAAGGACCAAACGCCUGCGAUGGAAGGACCUUCCCGGCCGCGGCAGGAAGAGCCCAUCAGCAAGAUGCUGGUCCCUGUCGUGUUUCCGGCUCUUCUCCUGCUUCUCACCGACCGAAUCCUGCUCUCCUUGCUGGCUGAAUGGGGCCCCUCCAUGGACCCCCAGGGGGUUACAGCGGCUUGGCUGGAGGCUGCUCUACGGCUGGUGGUUCUCGGGGGGGUCAGGGGCCUGCUCUCUGUGGGUGGGACCUCCCCGAUGUCUUCUUCCAUGGUGGCUGCUGUCAGCAUCCUGCCCCCUUUGUACCAGUUGGUGGGACACUGGCUUGGGGACCCUCCCCUCCUGGUCUCUUCGGCCGCUUGGUCCUGGUGGCUGGCAAUCUAUGGGGCGGUGGGCUUCUCCCAGCUCCUCUGGGGGAUCCUGCUAGAAGGGCGAAGCACAAAGGAGUCCCGGAAAGAAGACAAGGCCACUCUUCGGAAGAUGCUCAGACUUUUCAGUCCAGACAAGCUGUAUCUCGGUGGCGCUUUCUUGUUCCUCAUCCUGGCAGUGAUUGGCGAAACGUUCAUGCCCUAUUACACCGGGCGUUUGAUUGACAUCCUGGGCACCAAAUACGACGCAGAAGCCUUUUCCACGGCCAUCUUUUUUCUCUGCCUGGUUUCAUUUGGAAGCUCCACCUUUGCCAGCUGCCGUGGGGGUCUCUUCAUGAUCACCAUCUCCCGGAUGAUCAUCCGAACUCGCAACUUACUCUUCUCGUCUCUGGUGCAGCAAGACUUGGCCUUCUUCCAGGAGGUGAAAACAGGGGCGCUGACCUCCCGCCUUUCCAAAGACACAGCUAUGAUGAGCCGCUCGGUGCCACUCAACACCAACGUCUUCCUGCGCAACCUGAUCAAGGCCGUUGGGAACUACGUAUUCAUGAUUGGCCUGUCCUGGCGCUUGACGCUGUUGAUGCUGAUCGAGACCCCACUUAUGAUGGCCGUCCAGAAGGUCUACAAUGCCCGUCACCAGGCUUUACUGAAGGAGAUUCAAGAUUCGGUGGGCCGUUCAGAGGAGGUGGUGCGUGAGGUAAUCUCGUCCAUGGAGACCGUGCGCAGCUUUGCCACCGAGGAGAAGGAGUCACAGCGUUAUGAGGCAACCUUGGGGGACACUUGCCGGCUGAAAAACCAAAGGGACUUGGAAAGGAUCAUUUAUUUAUUUGUUAUACGGGUCCUCCAGUUGAGCAUGAAGCUGAUUCUUCUCUACUGUGGCUACAAGCAGAUCUGCAAUGGCCUCAUGACCAAAGGAAACCUGGUCUCCUUCAUCCUCUACCAAGCAAAUGUGGGGUGGCACGUGCAGGCCCUGAUUUACACUUACGGGGAUGCGUUGAGCAAUGUGGGCGCUGCAGAGAAAGUCUUUGAAUAUCUUGACCGGGAGCCAUCUGUCCGCACAGAAGGGACGCUGUCUCCAAAAUCCCUCCCCGGACGUGUCUCCUUCCGAAAUGUUUCCUUCUGCUAUCCCUCCCGCCCUGAGAUCCAGGUCCUGAAGAAUGUCUCCUUCGAGCUCCGCCCUGGGGAACUGACGGCAUUGGUGGGAGCAAAUGGCAGCGGAAAAAGCAGCUGUGUUUUCCUCCUAGAGCACUUCUACGAACCCCAAUCCGGGGAGGUCCUGCUGGAUGGAGUCCCAGUUGGGAAAUAUGAGCACAAGUAUCUCCAUAGGAAGGUGGCACUGGUGGGCCAGGAGCCCGUCCUAUUCUCUGGGUCCAUCAGGGAGAAUAUCACUUAUGGCCUACAAGGCUGCAGAGAGGAAGAUGUGAGCAGAGCAGCAAAAGAAGCUGAUGCCUUGGGAUUCAUCCGUGAACUGGAAGGAGGCUUUGAUGCAGAGGUGGGGGAGAAGGGGGGCCAGCUCUCCAUUGGGCAGAAGCAACGGCUGGCCAUUGCCCGGGCCCUGAUCCGUGACCCGAAGGUCUUGGUGCUGGAUGAAGCCACGAGUGCCUUGGACCCCGAGAGUGAUGCUGCAAUCCAGCGGUCUGUGCAGAACAAUAGGACCCGGACGGUGUUGGUGAUUGCUCACCGAAUGCAGACGGUGGAGAACGCAGACAAGAUUGUGGUGCUGGAAGGAGGAGAAGUUGUGGAGGAGGGGACUCACAUGGAGCUGAUGGAUCGACGAGGCCCCUACUACAGAUUGGUGGAAAGGACCCAGGCGGAGUGAUUUCCUGAGUUGCAACAGAGAUGGUCAGCCACAGGAUCCACUACUUUUGUAGAUGCCAAAUGCAUGAUUGACUGGGAAAAUAGACAACAGCACUCUCUUGGGGAAAGAGUAACCCAGAAGCUGGCCUGUCUAGCAGCUCUUGGCUUGUCAAGGGUUGUUGAAUUGCAGCCAUUUGGAAGAGGAGCCUGUCUUUCUCAUCUGGGCACAAUUUAUGUGGUGUUAAGUAGCAACUUGGGCCCCGAAAACUCUGUAGUGAAAGGUCCACAAUUCUGUUUCAAGCAACUGUUUUAUUUAGCAAAUGCACCAAUGCCCUAGUUUUUCCUUUGUUUAAGUUUAAUAUGUACAACUUGGUCUUUUGUCACACUUUUUAAUAUUGGUUGCAGAAACUUUACUUCCUGUUUAUUUAACAAAAUAAAGUCUCUGUGUGAUCCCUUUUA